CAGUAAUAUAUAAUAACAAUACAUUUAUUUCCGGUUCCGCUGGCCCCGCCCCUUCUUCCCAAACACGUGGAUCUCUUCCGGGUUCUUCAUCCUUUGUUCCCUGUUCGUCAGCAGCCCAGAAGCGGGAGUGUUGAUAAAGCUGUAAGAGUUGAUGAACUCUGGAAAGAAGUCCAGCAGCUUGAGGAACAUCUGGUCAAAGAAACUGGAGGGAAGCAGGAGCUCAAACAGCGGCAGGACGCAGCAGAGGAAGAGACACCAGAUGAUGGAUGAUGUUUUCCAGCCCAGAUUAGUGCUGCCAGCAGAUGUUAAAGAAGAGGCUCCUGAAGAACAGAGUCCUGAUGUGGAUCAGCAAGAGCCAGAGCCCCUCCAGAUAAAGGAGGAACAGGAGGAACUCUGGACCAGUCAGGAAGGAGAGCAGCUCACUGUGAAGGAGGAGACUGAUACCAGGUUUCCAUUAACUGCAGCUCCUAUCAAGAAUGUUAAAGAAGAGGCUCCUGAAGAACAGAGUCCUGAUAUGGACCAGCAGGAGCUGGAGCUCCACCACAUAAAGGAGGAAAAUGAAAGAAUCUGGGCCAGCCAGGAUGGAGAACAACUGAAUGUGAAGAAGGAGACUGAUGAUACCAGGUUUCCAUUAACUGUUGUUCAUAUGAAGAGUGAAGAGGAUGAAGAGAAACCUCUGCUCUCUCAGCUUCAUCAACACCAGACAGAAGACAGAGAUCUUCCAAGCAGCAGCUCGGCUGACCAGAUAAAAACAGAAAUUAAAGAAGAGGACUGUGGGACAGCAGAAUCCAGCAGGAACUCGGAUCUAAAUAAUCAUGGAGGCUCUUCCAACUAUUCUGAAACUGAAGAUAGUGAGGAUGAUGAAGAUGAUGAUGAUGUGAAGCAUCAUAAAUCUGAGCUUAAACACUUAUCAGACUCUGAAACUGAAGACAGUGAGGAUGAUUGGAAGGAGAGCAGGACUCCAGGGUCAGACAGAAACACUGUCAACAAAUCUUUGAGCUUCUCUAAGUGUGGAGGAAAAUUUGCUAACAGACGCUCUCUUCAGAGUCACAUGACAUGUCAUCCAAGAUUAAUGUCUUCAGAUUGUUCUGGUAAUGAGAUGUGUUUCACAGAGAAGAAGAACAUAGAUUCACUGACAAAGGUCCAGACAGGUAGUAAAAAGUUUAACUGUGGUGAGUGUGGUAAAGGUUUUAACUUGAAACAUGAUUUAAAAAGACAUAUGAAAGUCCACACAGGAGUCAAACCCUUUGGUUGUGAUGCUUGUGGAAAUAGAUUUUACCAAAAGUCACAUUUAAACAGCCACAUGAGAAUCCACACAGGAGACAAACCUUUUAGUUGUGAUGUAUGUGCAAAAAGAUUUGCUUCCAAGUCAGAUUUAAACAAACACAUGAGAAUUCACACAGGAGACAAACCUUUUGGUUGUGAUGCUUGUGGAAAUAGAUUUUACCAAAAGUCAAAUUUAAACAAACACAUGAGAAUCCACACAGAAGUCAAACCCUUUGGUUGUGAUGCUUGUGGAAAAAGAUUUGCCUACAAGUCACAUUUAGACACACACAUGAGAAUCCACACAGGAGUGAAACCCUUUGGUUGUGAUGCUUGUGGAAAUGGAUUUUACCAAAAGUCACAUUUAAACACACACAUGAGAAUCCACACAGGAGACAAACCUUUUAGUUGUGAUGCGUGUGGGAAAAGAUUUGCUUCCAAGUCAGAUUUAAACAAACACAUGAGAAUUCACACAGGAGACAAACCUUUUGGUUGUGAUGCUUGUGGAAAUAGAUUUUACCACAAGUCAAAUUUAAACAAACACAUGAGAAUCCACACAGAAGUCAAACCCUUUGGUUGUGAUGCUUGUGGAAAAAGAUUUGCCUACAAGUCACAUUUAGACACACACAUGAGAAUCCACACAGGAGUGAAACCCUUUGGUUGUGAUGCUUGUGGAAAUAGAUUUUACCAAAAGUCACAUUUAAACACACACAUGAGAAUUCACACAGGAGACAAACCUUUUGGUUGUGAUGCAUGUGGAAAAAGAUUUUCUUCCAAGUCAGAUUUAAACAAACACAAUAGAAUCCACACAGGAGACAAACCUUUUGGUUGUGAUGCAUGUGGAAAAAUAUUAGCCUGCAAGUCACUUUUUGACAUGCACAUGAGAACCCACACAGAAAUUAAACCUUUUAGUUGUGAUAUUUGUGGAAAAAGAUUUAUCUCCAAGUCACAUUUAAACAGACACAUGAGAAUUCACACAGGAGUGAAACCCUUUGGUUGUGAUGCAUGUGGAAAGAGAUUUUACCAAAAGGCACAUUUGAACAAACACAUUAGAAUCCACAGAGGAGAGAGAAGCUCUUUAUUUGAGAUGCUUGUCUUAAAAGAUUAUACAAAAAGUUAAAUUUAAUCCCACACAUGAUAACUCACAGAGGAACUAAACCCUCAAGCUAUGAUGCUUGUGGUAAAUAUUUUGCCUUCAAGUCAUCUUUAAACAUCCACAGACGAAAAGACAAUGGAGAGAAACCUUUUGAAUGUGUUAAAAACUUUACCUUUAUGCCAAAUCUAAGCCAACACACUAGAACUUAAAGAAAAUAAAAACCUUUUUGCUUUUUGCUGGGUAUGAUUGUGGAAAAAAUGUAUCAUAUACCGGGGGUGACUGUGGCUGAUAUGGUAGGAGUUCAUCCUGUGAACAGAGGGUUCACAAACUGCUGUGGGCCUCUUCAUUUGGUCUGAGCCAGCUUUCUCAGGUGUGGUUGCUGUCGUUGUAUGUGUAAAAUGUCUUGGUGGACACACACAUGUCCUCACAAAAACAUGGUUUAUGAUGUCAUUGUGUCAGUGAGUUUGAUGAGGUCAGUGGCUUCAGCUUAAAAAGAUACUUCAAUCUGUGCAGUCCAAGCAGGCCUGUAACUUCUGCUUUAAUUCCUCUGUCCACUUCUUUAUAGUCCUUACCACAGGCUUACACAUUCUUUAUUUAUGUUGGUUUGUAUGAGCUGAAGCAGAUGGUGUUCAGAGUGCUGAAGCUGCUUAGGGCACAGGCCAAUAGGCAUCCUUUAAAACUGUGUAGCAGUGGUCCAGAGUGUUGGCGUCUCUAGUUGGGCUCUCUGUAUUUAGGACGUUCAUAAGUGAGAUUUGUGCUGUUAAAAUCUCAGAGAACAACGAUGAGGGAGUCUUGGUGUUGGUUCCUCCACGUCUGUUAUUAGGUUAGCUAGCUAAGGGCAGCAGAUCUGUGGAAAUUCCAGUUUCUAGAAUUUCGUUGAAACAUUAUAGAGAUGAGUUUCAAUCUAGAAAUCUGUCUAUGUUAUGGAUCGAAUUUACAUUGUAUAUUAUUGUUUGAAAUAUGGUUGCCUCUGGCUGCGAAUCUCUCACAUUGCUGUGCCCCACCCAUGGAUGAAACGUGGACUUAGACCUUUAUUCACUUCUGUUCAUAAGAAUGGUCCACAAAAGAGGUGGUGUCUGGGCAAAGAAAUCUAGUUUAGGAUAAAACACCCUAAUAUUGCUAAUUACAUGAUGUUCAGCUUUUGUCUGUGGUGGUAUAAGGCAACCUUGUGAUGCUAUUGUGAAGGCUAGUCUUAUUUGUGCUGUGUUUUAAAGUUGAGAUAAACUUUAUUUCAAUAAGAUGUUUUAAACACUGGUGUUUCAGUAAUGGGAUUUUGAUCCAUUUUAUUUGUGUUUUUCCUUAAUCUCCUUGAACUAACCUGCUAAAAAUGGGUUUGAAUAUUGCUUAAAAUAUGCUAAACGUUGUCUCUUCUAGCGGUUAACAUGCUAAUACCUCUGCUAAUACUACACAGUAGACAGCUUUGUUUACAACAGAGCUUGUUUCAUUCACUCUGUACUUGUUAGAUAACGUGCCGUCAGAGCUUGUAUACACAUUAAAUACCAUUAAUACAAAUAUUAACAUAUGAAUAAAACUGCUAUGAUUAAUGAA